CUCUCGAGAGCGGAUCUCAGUCAGAAUGAUAUUCCCGGUGUUUUCAGUAUUUCUCUUGGUGCUUCACCAACUAUUUUCUGGAGUUUCUGGAAGGGAGUUUUAUUCCUCCAUAAACGAGAUGACCAAAGUGUUUGGCUACGAACAGAAAAUGCUCCAGCAUGUGCAGAAAUUCCUAGCUGAUAAUCAGGGAAAAUUGGAUUUCCUUAAAGCACGACUUAGGGAGUUUGAGAGUGAGCGAAAUGAGGCCCGUGAAUGGGGACCAGCUUAUUUCGACAGUCCUCUAAAUCAAUAUUUGCUGAAUAAAAGACUGACUGUAGAUUGGCAAAGAGUUGAGAACUUAAUGGAGACUUCAACAGGCGAAAAACCCCUGAAUCGCCUGAGGAAGCUAAGAAAUCGGGAGACAAUGCCUGACAAAAAGGAACUCGAGGGAGCUAUAGAUGGUCUACUUCGAUUGCAAUAUGUUUACAGAUUAAAGGCCAAGGACUUGGCCAGGGGAAUUUUGGAUGGCGUGGAUUAUGGCACCCAAUUGAACUCGGAGCACUGUGUGGAUAUUGCCAGAUUGGCUCUCCGGGAUCAGCAUCCCAGAUUGGCUCAUUCCUGGUUAAUGGAAGCCAAAGAUCGUUUGACAGGAGGCGAAAAGGAAAAGAAUCUAAAGCCACAGAUCCUGGCUCUUUUGGUUCAAGCCAAGAAAGAAUUGGAGGACUAUCGGGGUCUCAACGAAACCUACCAGGAGUUAGUCCAAAUUCAACCAGCCAGUGAGGAGCAUUCCAAGAAUUAUGAGAGUUUUUUGGAGGCUCUAGGGGAAAAAGCUUUAUUGAAUAAAUCCCAGCCCAUUCUAGAACAUCCACCCAUUCCCAACGAGGAUGAGCUGGUGGGUGAGUUCCAGGCCUACAGUCUCACCUGCAGUGGCCAUUGGCAACUUACCCCUAGCCAAAAACGUCAUCUUCGCUGUGGAUAUGUAACCGAAACGCAUCCUUUCCUGUGGAUAGCCCCCUUGAAGGCGGAGGAACUUUUCCAGGAUCCCCUACUCGUGCUCUAUCACGAUGUCAUUUACCAGAGCGAAAUCGAUGUUAUAAGGAAGCUAACUGAAAACAGGCUGAUUAGGGCCACCAUAACGAGCAACAAUGAGUCUGUGGUUUCGAAUGUGAGAACCAGUCAGUUCACCUUUAUCCCGGCCACAGCCCAUAAGGUCUUAGCCACCAUCGAUCAGAGGGUAUCCGACAUGACCAAUAUGAACAUGAAGUACGCUGAGGAUCAUCAGUUUGCCAACUACGGAAUCGGAGGGCACUACGGCCAGCACACGGACUGGUUUAACCAGGCUUCUUUUGAUGCCGGUUUGAUUUCCUCUCCCGAGUUGGGCAAUCGCAUUGCCACAGUUCUCUUUUAUCUUUCUGAUGUAGAACAGGGAGGUGGCACUGCGUUUCCCCAACUAAGGACACUCUUGAAGCCCCAGAAAUAUGCAGCUGCCUUUUGGCACAAUCUUCAUGCCUCUGGAGUGGGCGAUGUUCGUACUCAACAUGGCGCCUGUCCCAUUAUCACUGGUUCCAAAUGGGUUCAAAACCGCUGGAUCCGGGAAAAUGAUCAAUCUGAUCGACGACCUUGUGAACUUUGGGACGAUUCAUUGGCUACAUUUGCUCAAAUUUUGGAACUAAGUAAACGAAAUGAGGAGCAGGCAGCUUCUAUUUACCAAACUAAUAUUAGUUAGGUAUAAUUAAACAAAAAUUAAGUCAAGCUUUAAUGAAACGGAAUUUAAGUUUAAUAUAUUAAAUAUACUACAACUGAAUGAAAAUAUGCCUUUAUUAAUACGAAAAUAUAUAACUACUAUAAAAAAAUGUAUAUGAGUUUAAUAA